AAAUAAUGAUACAUUUUAAAAUGGAUUUAUUACUAGUCUUCGAUUAUGUGGCGUGUCCACUGUAUAUGUCCUUGUAGUUGUUAGAACAAUAACGUUUCAGAAUGAGAGCAUUAAUAUAAACCUGUGAUUUCAAUUGCAGCUGACACUAUUGUCAGAGCUGCUGGUAUAGAAAAUUAAUCAACACCUUCUGAUCAGUCAGAUUUGAGAAUUCAACACCACUGCAGUAUAAUCAUUUAUACCUGUCUGGACAGAUAGCUGGAGAUAAAUAGCUUUGUCUAUGUCUAUUGUUAUCCACAUCUGGAUUCAGAUUGAAUCUCUUUUUAUUUUUCCCUACAAUAUAUCUACUUAUGUAUUACUCCAAAGUGUCAUGGAUCAGACCUUAAAAGACCUGAAAUCCUACCCAAAUCAUAUGAAUGACGUAUGAACACCUACGGUUUCUGUUGUUUUACUGCGCUGCUUCGGAUGACCAGACUUCCUCAGUCAGGGGUUUGAAAGAGGAAUUAAAAACAUAGAAGAGUUGACGCACAUCUACUCAUUUCAGCUGGAAACAUGUGCGUCCUGAGCACACUACUGCUCUUGUGGGACUUAGCACUCCUCUGUGCUGCAGACAGCAGUAUUCAGCUUCAGGACGACACGGAGCCCUUGAAGGUGGAAUUCCACUCAGUGAACUUCAGAAAUGUCCUGCACUGGAAACCCCAACCUGAGGCAGCAGAUGACCUGCAGUAUUUUGUGCAGUAUAAAGUGUAUGGAGACAAGCAGUGGAGUGUGUGUGAGCCCUGCCAGGCUAUCCAUAAACUGCAGUGUGACCUGAGUCAGGAGACGUCUGACCCGCGCCAGUGGUACUAUGCCAGGGUUCAGGCUCGAUCCUCCAAAGGUUUCUCACCAUGGGUCACCAGCGCCAGGUUUUACCCUCAGUGGGACACCACUUUCAGCCCACCAAAGAUCAAGCUGAAUGUGACAGAGCAAGGCAUUGUGGUCUGGAUCAGACCUCCACGGACCCCUCUACAGGGACAGAGGAACAGCAGGAUCUCAGUUACAAAACUCUUGAAGCUGAUGUUUAGGAUUUACCUCAUGCAUAACGGGGAGGAACAGAUACAUGAAACUGAAGGCUGCCCGAGGAAGCUCCUGAUUGAGCACUUAAGCCCUCAAACGACUUACUGUGUUCAGGCUGUGACCGUCAUGCCCCUCUCAGGCCUUACAAGCUUGAGGAGUCCCGAGUCCUGCAUCAGCACCUUGUAAAGCUUCACACAGGCACUGUUUUUAUCAUCAAUGUUCUCUAUUACACCAACCAGAAAUUUCUAUAAAGAUUUAAUAUAUGUGAAAAAUAAAUUUAUUGCAAACCAUCUGAUCCAUUUUAGUCAUCUUUACUUUUAGAGCAGUGGGUAGUUUUGCCAUCUCACAGCUCCAGGGCUCCCGGUUUGUUUCUGAGCUCAGGUUACUAUAUGUGUUGCAUUUCGCAAUGUUCUCCCCAUGGUCUUCUUCUGGGUUCUCUGGUUUCCCCCAAAAAACAUGCUGGUAUGUGGAUUGGUGAGUCUAAAUUAUCCCUAGCUGUGAAUGAGUGUGUGAAUGGUGUUCUGUGAUGGACUGAUGUUCCUGCCUCACACCCAGUGUUGAACCCUGAAGAAGAACGCGGUUAUUGCUAGGUUUC